AACAGAGGCGCCAUAUCUCUUUACUGAAUCAGCCUAGAGCUGGGAUAAGCAGUCAACAACAAUAUACAUUCAGGUCGAACUAUUUGAUGGGACAGGCACGGUCUAAGUGUUGAAGAUGCAGUGAAUGUAUUACAUUGAUAAUAUGUAGUUUAUGUUCCAAAUGACUAGAUUUUGAAGAUUUGAAUACAGGAUGUCAAGAAAGCGACAUACUGAGGUGUCAUGGGAUAGCGAUGAUGAUUUGCUGAGAGAUGAUGCUUCUGCCAUUAGUGCAUUUCCCAAGAGUGAGAUCCGUGUAGAUUCUGAUGAUGAACUGGAUGAAGAAUUACUUCUGGGAAGUGAUGAUGAACACGCCACCAAGAAGUCCUCUAGCAAAAAGUCAUCCUCAGCUUCUAGCAAAUCCUCAUUAAAAGCCAGCUCAAAGUCAGCACCAACAAAAAAUAAAUCUGUGUCCCUAAAAUCUAGUACAAAGUCUGUGUCUGAUACAAGUGUUCCAAAUAACAAACAGAAAGAGGAGGAGAAGACGACAGGUUCUAAGUCACUGACAAGUGUUAGUACACCUGUAGUUGAGACGAAGAAAACAUUCAAAUUUACAAAAAUUGUACCUCCCUCUCCUGAUAACGACAAAGAGAAGCCUUCAAAGAGUAAAACUGGCAGUAAAUUCCAGUCAAGUGUUCAACAAGAGCCUAUCAAGGAGCAAUUAUCACCAUUGCAUGAAACAGCUGUCAAACCUCAGCCUGUAAGACAUUCCUCACCAAAGGAAUCGGUCACCAAAACCCGUUCACACAGGGAGCAGCCUCAGAAACACAAGGCCAGUCAGGAAUCUGUUUCCAAGCAUGAACUGUCACCUCCACAAAAACCGAUUAGGAAAGAGCCCAUCCCAGUAGUAGAGAUAACUUCAAGGAGUGACUUUGAAGAUGAAGAGCAGGAGGAAAUAGUACUUGACAUCUUGGAUCCUGCAGCAGACCAGGAUCUGUUUGAGGAAACAGACCCCCUCCUGCACUCAAGUCAGGAUUCCUUGCUGGAGUCUGAUGCUGCGGAAGAAGAAGAAAUGGAAGAAGAAGAGGAAGAGGAGAUGGAAGAAGAAGAGGGAGAAGAAACUCAAGAUAUUACAGAGGAAGAUACUGCCCUAGAGAACUCCCAGAUGGAAGCUGCCGAAGAUGAACAGGAAAGUGAGAGUGACAGCGAAAGUGACGAAUCAGAAUCAGGAAGAGGACGUUUCAAGUCAGAGCGUGCCAAGAUCGUCACCACAACAACAGUGAAAGCCAAACCAAGAGACAUUGAUGCUAUUCCAGACACACUAGAGAUUUCAGAAGAGCAGCAGGCUCAGAUUGAUGAAUUCCUGGUGUCUGGUGGCAAGAGAGGUCGCGGAAGAGGUCGAGGUCGUGGCAACAGUGGGCGGGGACAUAUGGGACAAUCUGGGCGAUUUCCUCCUUACCAAGGUCAAGGCCAGAACUUUGGUCAACAACAGUCCCAGCAAUACCAAGGACAGAUGUACAACCAGCCACCCAACUACCCACCCCAAGUUCAAGGUCACAUGCUUCCACAUAUGGGACAGGGACAGGGAUACCAGAACCAAAGUCAAAUGCAUCCUGGUCACAUGCAAAGUCAUCUCAGCCAUGUACCGCCAUCACAAAGUCAUCCAAAUGUAGUUCCUUCAUCUCGUUCCAGUUAUGGUCCAUCGAAAAUGAGUAUUGACGUGAGUGAGAGUCUACAAGGCCACACAAGGCCAGUUCCUCUGACAUCUAAAUCAUCUGUUCCAACCCUAUUUACACUGGCAGGGUUGGAUAAACCCAAGGCAGUGCAGCCACAGCCCCGCAAGAUCCUCAUCAACCCUCACUUCCGAGGUCCUGCUCAGCCCCAACAAGACCGGCCCCCUGCCUCUGUUGCUACAAGCAUGCCUCACCCUGGACCUCAGAUGCCAGGGCCAUACCAAGGACCCACUAGUCGACCCCAGAACCAUCAACACCCACAGGUAUGUCAUCAGGACCGAGUCUGGCCACCGCACUCCCAGCCAUCGGCAGGCCCUCCUUACCCUGUCCAUGACACCCCACCUAGGUCCCAGCCCAUGGGGGGGUUUCCACAGCCAGCACCAGGAUUCCCAGCUGACAGCUCUGUGCGAGAUGAAUCAGUUGGAAAUACUGGCAUUGGAGACCAUGUUGAAGAUAAUGGUGGGCCACGGCCUCAGCAAGGUUUUCCUCAGAACAAUGGACCUCCUAACAUGUUUCCUGGUGGUCCCUCUGGCCCUAGGGGGGCACAACCAGCCUUGAACCACCCCCAGAUGGGUAUGUUACCCCCUGGGCACCCACAACAUCGUCCCCAGGGCCCAUUCCCUGGCCCCAUGGAUAUGGCCCGGUAUGGAACUCCCCAUCAGCAGCAGCAUCAGCACAGAUUCCAGUCUCCAGCAAGCAUGAACCAGUUCAAUAAUCCACCUCGACAGCUCCAGCCUGGACCUGGAGGACAUGGAAUCCCUGCUCAUCCUCAUCAGCACCCAAGGGGCACUCAAUUUCCCCCUCACAUGAAUCAGAGUCAACGCCCACCCCAUCAGGGUGGUCCAAGACCACAGUUCCAUCCGAACCAACAGGGUAGCCAUGGUAACCAAGCUAAUCGGGGAACUCAAGGUAACCAGCAGCGCUUCCAGCCUCCAGCACCACCAAAUCAGAUGAUGCCAAUGCAUAAUCAUCCAAACCAACAGCCUCGCCACCCCAUGCAGCACCAGCCCAGGCAACAACAACCACGCCAACAACAACCACGCCAGCAACAGCCAUGCCAGCAACAACCACGCCAGCAACAACCACGCCAACAACAGCCUCGCAUGCAGAACACUAAUCGACAGAAUCAGUUCCAACCCAGACAGCAGUUCAGUGGCAACAAAAGAAACUUUAACCGAAAUGCUCAGGAGGAUAGUCAGGAGAUUCAGAGUAUCCAGGUUAUCAGUCGAGGAAAACGUCAGUCAGUAGACAAGGACAAAGGAGAACACUCACCUGCUAAAAUAGCCAAGUCAGAGGAGAUUGUUGACCCUGUGUUAAAGGCAAAGUUAGAAGAGCAAAAGAGAAAGAGAGACCAUAUUAUACGUUUAAAGGAAGCAAGAAGACAGGCUUUAGCUGGUGAACGGAGAUCUCAGCUAGAACGAAAACUGGCAGAGGAAGGGAAGACCAUAGCAGAUGUAGAAAAAGGUGUUGCCCCCAUACCUUCAGCAAAGACCAACAUGCCAGGCAAAGCCAUCUGGCAGAACAGUGCUGGCCAGCAGGGUCAAGGACACAACCAGGGUCAGCAUUUUCAGCCUCGGACCCCUAAUACUGGACAGCCACGAUUUGGCCCUAGGCAACCCCAACAGUUAGGUGGGCCAGGGCAGGGUGGUCCAAAGCAACAAUUCCCAGCUAACCGACCAAGCGGCCCGAGGGGAGGACCACGUCCGGAUACCAGGCCUCCUGGUCCUGGGAAUAUUAACAGACCAAAUACAAAUGUACAGCGUCAAAACUCACAACAAGGAAAUCAGAACAGACAAGUGAAUAUGCCUAGUCAGAAUACAACUCAGGGAAAUACUAACCAAAAUGCUAACACGGGAAAGGAUGGGAAUUUGGUGUUGAAACAGAGGGUUACCAUUCUGAAUAAGGACAGCCAUGGAAAAGUGAUUUCUAGAACAGUAAUGUUGAAGAAUAUAAACAAAACUGGAGGCCAAGAUGACCGUCAGGUGACCUUAUCUGGCAGUAACAGUCAGAGGACGGUGAUCAGCAAGCCUGCUGGACCUGGUCAGAGGAAGGUUGUUCAGAAUCAGGAAGGCAGGAGAGUAGUGGUAGGAGAGUCGCCUCCCUUGUCCAAGGUUGUGUCUAUAGACAACCUUUCAGUGUCCACCACGGAGGCAAACAUUAAGAAGAUGUGUUUCGGCAUCGGAGAAGUGGAGAGUGUCCAGAUGCUUAAAGGUCAGAAGAAAGCCACAGUGACGUUUCAGGAUGCUAACAGUGCAGCCCAGUUCUCUAAGAAGUUUAACAGACACAUGCUGGAUCUGUCUCACAUAAAUGUGACACAUCUUCCCAUCUGAGCCUGUUUUCUUAUUGUCACUUGAUGAAUUGGAGCUCCACACAUGUUCACAAGCAGUGGUGAAAGUCAACAGAGGGAAACAAGUCCACUGGAUAAAUGGCAGCUUCUCCUUGGCAUUAUGUCGACUCUGUAACAAAGGAUUGUCUCUGGAAAGGGAAAUUAUUUUGAAAUAUUUCCCUCCAGUUGAGGUGUAUGUUGCAGAAGAUGAAAGUGCAACAUCAGAUCGUUCCUGCUCAGGACUGGCGCGACUUGGCAUGAACAAGUUCUGUCAUGUAAGCCUUGCUGUGGGUCAGCUGUUUUGUAAUUCUUGGUAUGCUAAAGUAUAAAAGAAUUGAGAAAUGCUGUAACCCUACUGGAGAGAUCCUUGUGAGAUCCAGAGAGAUCCUUGCGAGAUCCAGAGAGAUCUUCGGGAGAUGUCUGAAAUCCAUACUUCUUAUUGCUCACAACAUUGAUCUAAUUUGACACUCCCAAAAAGAAGAGAUUUAAUCAUGUUUUUAAAGAAGAUCAACUUAACAUUCUUAAUGGAAUAACUAAUUAAAAAUGCGUUUAUGAAGGUUUAGAGGAUUCUUAAUCUGUCAGGACUAAUGAGGAGGUAGUGUUAAUUUAGGAUUUAGUAUUUAGAUUUCCUGACAUUUUUGAUUGGGUUAAGACCAAAUGAAUUGUAUAUAUUGUUGUGUGCUAGAUGAUCAUACACAAACAGUUUGUACAGAGGUUAGUGACGAAAUAAUGUUCUUCACUUUUAAUGUUACCUUAUGAUACAUUGAUAAAUCAAGUAUAAAAGUGGGAAAUAUUGAAACAAUUCCAUUAAAGGACCUUUUUUCCUUCAUAUAAAGUUUUUCUUAAAAUUAUUGAUUUUUUUUUGUUUUGUUACUUGAUAAUUGUUUAAAAUAUCAUGAUUAUUUGAAUGAUUCAUAUCAUCCUCUUCCUCUGUGAUGCCCUGUACAGAAAUCUCUUCCUCUGUGAUGCCCUGUACAGAAAUCUCUUCCUCUGUAAUGCCCUGUACAGAAAUAUCUUCCUCUGUGAUGCCCUGUACAGAAAUCUCUUCCUCUGUGGUGCCCUGUACAGAAAUAUCUUCCUCUGUGAUGCCCUGUACAGAAAUCUCUUCCUCUGUGAUGCCCUGUACAGAAAUUUCUUCCUCUGUGAUGCCCUGUACAGAAAUCUUUUCCUCUGUGUUGCCCUGUACAAAACUCUCUUCCUCUGUGAUGCCCUGUACAGAAAUCUUCAGGUAAUCAUGAGAAUGCCAUUGAACAGAUUCAAAAAAAAAAUUGCGAUGGUAAAAACUAAUUAUAAUGAAACAAAAUGACCUUACAUAUUUAUAUUUUUAAUACUUGAUAUUUCAACGUUAACUUUUUGGAAUGAAAAUCUUUUUUUUCCCUUUACUAUGUUGCAAAACGCUUCUCUCAAAUGUUCAUUUUAGUAUGUAGAUAGAUCUAAGCGUUAUCUUGCUGAUUGAUGAGAUUUUUUCUUUAAAUCUGUUUUUACUUUUAUUCCUACAAAUCACUAAGUCUUAUACAUAUAAAUGACAAUUAAAGGUUCAUUAAAUAUUGUUUAGACUAGUUACCAAUUAGAGAUUUUACAUAGCUUAGGAAGAGGAGUCGAUUAUGGUGUCCUUUAGGUAAUAAAUAACACUAGAAUUUAAGCACCAUAAUAAAUAUCAGUAGUGAAGCAAGUAGAUUUAAGUGGAUAUUCUUUUGUCAGACUGAUGUCUCUCAGAAUCUCGACAUAUAAUAUCAGACUUUCCAUAUAGAGAACAUUUUAAUUUGUGAAAAGCAAGAAAAUCCAAUUCGCCAGAAGAAACCCAUGUGACACAAUCAACUAUAAUGUGACAGACCAGUCUACUGUAAAUAAACAUUUGGUGUGUACAUGAUUUGGUCAUAUGUAUGAGACUUUCGUAUCAAAUAGUUGGAGAUACACCCAGUAUCAGCUACAAGUGAUGACUGACAAAGACCCGCUACACUCAGUAUCAGCUACACCCAGUAUCGGCUACACCCAGUAUCAGCUACACCCAGUAUCAGCUACACCCAGUAUCAGCUACAAGUGAUGACUGACAAAGACCCGCUACACUCAGUAUCAGCUACACCCAGUAUCAGCUACACUCAGUAUCAGCCACAAGUGAUGACUGACAAAGACAAGCUCUGGCAGGCCACAAUAUACAGGAUUAAUGAAAUGUCCUGCAAAGCUACAAGCAAUGUGAAUUUUGUCUGAGCUUUUCCAAUUUUAUGGUGAUUACUUAUAAUUUUGCUGGAAUAAACUUUCUUGAGAGUGUCGUGAUCAACAAAAGUGUUUCUCCUUUAAAAAACCAUCAGAAGGCAUGAAAGAAAAUAUGUCUGCACCAUAACACAUUGGCACAUCAAUCAGGAUCCCCACCCCAAUGAAAUUGAUGUGGACAUGACUGAGUAUACUGUGUUGUUGGUGAUGAUCGGCUGUUUGAAGCAUUGAUAUUUGUAGACAUCAAAUGUUGGCUUCAGUAUUUCUUCAACAGCCAGUAACAAAAGAUGCUUGGCAUAGGCACACCUCUGUUCAACACAGCUUUGACUAAAGGAGUGACUCUAGUAACAUUUGUUAGACUUCAACUGAUCCCAGACCCUUCAAGGUAGUAUCACAACUGAUCACAGACCCUUCAAGAUAGUAUCACAUCUGAUCCCAGACCCUUCAAGAUAGUAUCACAUCUGUCAGUGCAUUGCAAGGAACCUUCAUUUAAAAGUGUUGUAUAACCUACACAGUGGGUCGCCCUUAACAAGUGUUAUAGAACUUACUACACAGAGGUUGUGAAACAGACCAAGUCUGUAGUUUCCCAUGUGAAAGGCCAUAGUUCAGUGUAGUGACGAUCAGAAGACACACAAACGUGGAUCAAAGUUUGCAGUUCAGUACAUACAGGAAAGAACUCACCAGGAAAAGCUCAAGUUUGCAGUUAAGCAAGGAAGGAGAUUUCACAUCAGACAGAAGUUGUGCCAGAUUACAUAUUCCAAUGAAUUCAGUAUUCCUUUGCUAAGUUAUAAGCCUGAGGAAAUAAAGUAGUUAACAGAUUAGGCAAAAUCAGUACAAGUGACUUUGUCCUAUGUAGAUUAUGUUAAGAUAAGGAUAAAGAAGCUACGAUAGGAUAGCUUAAUCAAGAUAAAUAGGUAUAUUUGU